AAUUUAUUUAUAUUUUCCUUUAUUAAACUAAGUUACUAACAACCACCCCUGUUUGCUUUCCUCAUGCACAAAGAUAACCCCCCUUGCAUCGGGGCGUUAAAUUUUAGAGGUAGGGGUAUUUCGGUAAUAUAAUGUUAGAUGGAGCCGUUCUUUCCUUAACCCAAUUCCGUUCCCCCUCUUCUAAAUCUCUUCCUCUCCUGCAAACCGCUACAUUUCUGUCUCGUCCGCCUCUUCACGUCUUCCAGGCGCCGUACCUCUCGCUCUGUUCGGAGGACGAAAGAUUGAAGUAGAACCGCGUUUCUGUUGAAGGACGCCGCCAUCGAUGCGCCUCUCCGAGACCCCUAUGCCAUCUGUCGAACGAAUCGAAGCGAAGCUGCUCUGUGAAUCUCGUUCGGCGUCAGACAUGAUGAGGUUCGCUGCGAUCUCUGUCUGCAUCCCUCUGCUUCCGUGUUCGUCUGAUGGGUCCCAACUGGCAAGCUUCUUUGCUCUUGUUCUUCGGAGGCCUUGUUGCUUGGGACCGAUGUCAUCUUCUGCCUUUUGAUUGACUAGAUGUUCGGUCGGAGGCGGAUGCCAUGGAUGUGGGGGAGCGUUUCUCCAAAUGGGGGGUGGGGUUUUGCUUUCCAUGUAUAUUUUGUCGGACCUCCGAUGUCCUCUGCUGGUUCUUAGGGCGCUCUCAUAGCCCGUAGUGGGCUUUGCGGUCGAAAAAACCGCGAGGUUUUCAUUAUGGAUCGCCAAAUGUUCCACCUUUUCUUCCUCUUUUGCUUUUUUUUGCGCUGUUUGGAUGAGUCGGCCCAUCUCAUUGUAGAUUUUUGUGGUUUCUGAUCGAUGUAGCGCGGUUUUAGUGUUCUGGUUGUCUUUCGCAGAGAAAUGGCACGAGUUUGCUUCUUUCUUUGGAUUUGAGUUGGUUCCGUGCUUUUCACUUGUUGCGCUGCCUAGAAACUGCGAGCACCGUCAUCUGCUGCUUCAUGUCGCGCUGCUCUUCUCUUCUUAUAUUCAGUCAAGGAAAAAUCUUCAGUGUAACGUCUUAGUUUGUAAGAAGAUGUGCCUUGUAGAUUAGUCUUCGUUUUCCCCUGCUUCUGUUCUCAAUCGAGUUCGAAGGAUGUGUUGCAACUAUUUUCUCAAGGAAUCAAUCGACGCCUCCAUUGAUUUGAGCGAAAAAGAACCAACUCUUUUGCUUUCAACAGAUUUGCAAUCGACGGAUCUAUACUUGGUUUCCUUCUCCCUGUGGACGAUCGUCGUCUUCUUCUCAUGCUAUCUAUGGGAGUUGUACCAGAGAGUAAGCAGCCCGGAUGUCCUUCCCCUCGGCAAUGGAAAGAAGCACAGCUUGAGAACCUCCAAGGAAGACGACGCCGAUGAAGCUGGCAGAAUCGCAAACCAUUCCCCCUCGGAAGCCAAAUCCUCGAGGUCGAGAUCCGCCUCCAGGUCGGCCAACCCGUCACCGACGAGAGACCACCAUUUGCCGCACAUCUCCUACCAGGCGCAGUCUGACGCCGGACCGCUCCUCACUUCAGGCUCGUUAUUUCCAUUCACCUCCGCCGGACCAGCGACAGUUGAGAACCACCAACACAUCGACGGGGUAGGCCACGGCGGAGGCGGCGACGUUCUCCUCCGGUGGGGGCACAAGAAGCGGUCGCGGGGACCGAGAACGGAGGGCCGUGCAGCGGCAGCGGCGGCGGCGGCUAUGCCACCGCCCUGUGGGCCGUACUCCAAAGUGGGUUACCUCAGGCCGUCCACGCCCGUCCGUGCUGCAACGGCAUCUCUUGCCAACAGGCGGGCCGUGGAGGAGCGAUCGGGAGGUGCACCACGAUCCGAAAAGCGCUUGCCGCAAGACCCACCGGCGAAGGCGAAUCUGGAUGCGGAAGCCGGCGGCGCCGCCGCGACGGAGAAGCCGAGUCUGGACCGUUUCAUGUGGCCGCGGAUCUACGUCUCCCUCUCCAGGAAGGAGAAAGAGGACGACUUCUUGGCGAUGAAGGGGACGAAGCUUCCCCAGAGGCCCAAGAAACGGGCCAAGAACAUCGACAGGUCUCUCCAGUAUUGCUUUCCGGGGAUGUGGCUGUCGGACUUGACGAGGGGAAGGUAUGAAGUAAAGGAAAAGAUGCGUGUGAGAAAGAAGCAAAGGGGGUUGAAGGGAAUAAUGGAGAGCGAUUCCGAGUGAAGGCUGCGGGAAGCGGAACGAGCCGUGUUGAUCCGAAGAAAUGGAGGGCGGGGGCGCAAACAAGGAGGCAGGAGGAUGCGUCCGCCAUUGCCCGCUCGAAGUUGUGCUUCUUGUUCUCGUUUUUUUAGGUGUCUCCGGCUUUUUGGCUCUCGUGUUGUCCUUACUCCCUUUGCACAAUCUCAAGUGUUUUUGGUUUGGUUUCUUUCCGAGAGCGGGUGCAUGGGGGCCCCGCCGCCCAGGGGACGAUAGCCUCUCAUACAGCAUAGAUGAAUUCUUCAGGAGAUCCAAUAAGCCUCUCGAAUGCUUGAUUCCCCCCCAACCCAACUCACUGGCACAUCCUAACCGAUGAAGCAAGUUGCGCAACCAAAUGUGGCAUAGAUGGGUUUUUCGUGACGCCGCAAAUAAUUUUGGGAGAAGAUGGUUGUAAUUGGUAUUCGGAAUCAAACACACUAUUAUUGGUUUGA